AUGCCUCCCACCGACCGUAAGCAGUACUCGAUCAUUGCGCGGGUACAGGCUCUGACCCUCCACGCCUGCGGAACCAAGGUAUCCGACAUUGAGAAAAUCACGGGGGUCAAAAAAUGGGCCUUCAUGGCCCUCCUCGCUCGCGCCAAGAAGCGGGGGUACGUGCCCGGUGCGCGUAUUGUGUAUGAGCAUAUCCAGACGAUGGGUGCUGCUAAGAGUCCCGUGAAGGGUGGAAAGUCCCCCAAGGUUGGGGGUAAAUCUAAGCGUGGAAAGGGUGUUGAGGAGGAGGACUUGGAUGGAGAGGGUGGAGAUGAAGAGAUGGAGGAGGGAGAGGAGGAGGUUUCCGAUUCGGAGUCUACAGCUGUUUGA